AUGACUCUGCAGCGGAACCGGGGCUCUGGGAAGUGGUCUUGCGGGGACACCGGGCUCCCUGAGAAGGCGGGCGAUGGCCCGGAGGGUCUGUCUGCGGAUGGGCCCGGAUCUCCUUUGCGGGUGGGCGGGAUGUCUCUGCGCGCGGCCCUGGCCUUGUGGGUGGGCUUGGCCCAGUCCCUGCCCCACCGACGCGGGUGCUGGUUUUGGGCGUCCUCGGGAGAUGCGUUCCUCACCCCUCCAGCAGGGCCAGGAUGGCUUCUUCACUGGGCCGUUUGUCAGUAACUGUCCGCAAUUUUUACCUGCGCUACCUCGUCAAAUCCUCGCACUAACCCCCUGAAAUGUACCAUCAUCAUUCCCCAGAUGCAGGUGAGGAAACUGAGGCACAGAGAUAAAGCAGCUUACUUGAAGCUACACAACCUUUAUUUAUGGUUCUGAUGAUGAGGGUUGGUACUUGGCUAUAGUAGGUGUUACUUGUUGGUGGAGGUGUUGACAAAUUCUGCACAUUAAAUUCUGUGAAUUUGUCGUGAUUUUGAGCUUAUUUCCAUGAACACUUGUCUGAAGCCCGUCUUUGCUAGACUUGGGGAUGUGGUCAUCUCUCUCCAAAGCUGAUUCCUCUGUGCAAAGAACACAGGAAGCUGGCAGUCCAGAGAAGAGCUGCUCCCUAACCUUCAGAACCUGCUUCCUUCUGAACAAUAUGAUUUCUUCAUGUUGAAGGGAGCAGAAAAAAGGGAGAAUUCUUUUCAGAUCAGGAAUUCUUUAUAAGAGGAAGAGGUGUGGGCAAAGGAGUUUCAGAUGGUGAGAACAGGAGGUGACCAGCACUGUUCAGGCUGGAGAGUUAGUCACUUAAGGGCAGGUGGUGUUUGCUGGUGCCCCUGUACUUGGUGACCACUGGACUUCAGAGCUUCGGUACCGACGCAGAGUUCAUAGAGCAGUAAGGUGAUGCAGAUAAGGAAGUAUGACCAAGAAAGGGGGGAAAAAGGGAAAGAGAGGCAAUGUUUCACACCAUGGUAGAGGAAUCCUGGGUGAAACCUGAAGAAGGGUAUGGCUCGAAGCUUGUGGAGAUCGUGAUCACCUGGCCUCCCUGAAAUGUAUGUGGAGGCUCACUGGAGAUGUUUGUCACAUCCACCAGGCCCCCGUCCCCAUUGCAUGUGCAUCCUCCACUUCCAGGAAAAGAAUGCCUCUGUCGAACCGUGCAGCAGCACCUGCUGAAGGGAGCCUCGCAUCCUCUGCCAGCAUCUUUCCUUAAAUGUACCCCACUACAAUUUUAAAGUAAUUCAUUUGCAGUAAGCACAGCAAUAAUAUAAUCUCCUUUUGUUGUCUAUGACAUUCCUUGUUGUCUGCCAUCUUUUAACUUGUAGCAUUUACAGAGGCUUUGUGAAGAAAGACAAGCAAGCACCAGUAGCGCCAUUUUGCAGUGUGGGACCAGUUUUUUAGAAAGGUGGGUGACUUGCCAGGGAAUCAACAGCCCUAUGAUGGCGGAAGAGUAAGCUUCCUUUCUUCCUUCCUUUGACCUUCAGGAGAAAACCAUACCCACUGUGCACACAUACCCAAUGUGAGGAGAUUGACAAGGAGGCUGGAUAUAUGCCUCAGCUCACCUAGAGAGUUUGGACUUGGCACAGCUCCAUCCCCUUUACCUUUUAUCAUUAAAGAACUAGGGACUGGCCCAGACAGAAAUAAAUGUCUAUUGCCUUUUUCUUAGUAUGUGGGAAGAACUGGGAUAAGACCUAUUCCCAGCUUUGCCUUUGGCCAGAAAGAAAGCCAGGAGGAGGAGGAAGACAGAACGGUAACUGUCUAAUCCACUGUUAGAUCUAUAACCCACAUAUUUUAAGGGAUCUUCCUUUUUUCUGAAAGCUGUGUCACCUUGCUGAGCAAAGACACAUUUCUGCUUUUAUAGAACUUUCCUUUCUAGGUGAGUCGGCCAAAUUUUGCCCAGUACAGGACUAUUGCCAAUUUGCCUGCUGACUGCUCUUAAUGUCCUCCACACUCCUUCACUCUACUCUUUCCCAGGCCAUUGAAGAACACAGCCCUAUUGGCCUGUUUCCAGAUUGGUUUCAUCUGAAAUACAGACCCAGGGUUCUCAUGUGACUCUGGGUAUUUGAAUCUGUUCAUUCUAGUCUCAUCUCAAGUCUAGGUAGACAGUAUGUGCCUCAGAGUUGGGACCUAAAAUUAAACUGUAGGAACCAUAGCUUUAGACCAGAUCAUCAAGUCACAUAUUUUUUUUACAGUUGAGGGAACAUAAAACUAGAUUGGCUAUUUUCUCCUUGUUUUUAUAUAACUAUCAACAGAGCUAUACCCAAAAUCCAGAUUACUUCGUAAAUAUUUGCACUAUGAGGCCUCUUUCUGAUGUUUCACUGAUUCAUGCCAAGGUUACCACUCACACUGUUGGCACUUUAGUGAGGGGUGUGGCACAUUUAAUCCUUAGGUUACAUAGAUAGGGCUUCAAAUGUUUGGGAUUCACUACAGCCUCUCAGAGUAGUCCCUCUCUAAGCCUCCAUUGUACUGUGGAGUCAAGGUUGGGCUGGUGUCCUGGGGUUAGAGGAAUUUAGUUUCUUAGCCAUUUAGGGCCCUCAGGAAUGGAAGGUGUGACUCAAAUGUUCUUUCCCUGUCUGUUGAGAAGCAGUAAGUGCUGUGAGGUAAGUUUCAGUCCAGGACUUAUCACUUGGCCUUGGGUGUAUCUACUGUACCCGUUUUUGAUUUAUAUUAUGAUAUAAAGGAAUAAUAAUAGUACCUUCUCAUCACUGCACAUUAUAAAUGAGUCUGGAUUUUGUAAAGUGCUUAGAAAAGACAGGUGCAAAAGAAUAGACCCAAAGAAGUCCCUUUUCCAGAGGCACCUCCAAGUUAGAUGCUUUCCCCAGUGGGUUUUCUUUUCUUUUUUUUUUUUUAAAUAUUUUAUUUAUUUAUCUUUGGAAGGAGAGAGGGAGAGAAACAUCAAUGUAUGGUUGCCUUUUGUUCGUCCCCUGCUGGGAACUGGCCUGCAGGGAACUGGUCUGCAACCCAGGCAUGUGUCCUGACUGGGAAUCAAACCGCGAUUUUCUGGUUCGCAGGCCCGUGCUCAAUCCACUGAGCUACACCAGCCUGGGACCCAGUGGGUUUUCUGUGUGUCUGUCAUGUGUCACAUGCACAGACACACACCACAAGGUACAGUUAUUCAUGUCAUGAGCUUUUUUGAAAUGCAAAAACAACUGCAUUUUGGGACUCUUACACUGUGUACUGCAUAUACAUUAAUUGAAUUAUAGAUAAUCUUAUAUCAAAUUGGCACAUUUUAGCAAACAUCAAGAUAUUAAUAAGCAUGAGAGUGAAUCCUAAACUUAACACUGGCUAUCGCCUAUGAACUCUGUCAUAGUUUUCUCUCUGUUCAGGAUAUUCUGCCUACCUUUAAGUACCUUCUGGUUUAAUGGUUCUAGUGUACGAAUUCUCAAAGAUCUUCUGAUUUCAGAUACUCCUGGUUUCCCUUUGCCUCCAAACAUUUCCGCAACAAUCUCUUCUCCGGGAUGCAAUGUAAUAUGUAAAAAGGUAAUUUUCCACCAUGUGCAAAAUCCCCAUUGUUCUCCCAUCACCUUUAUGGCAGUGUGGGUGUUCUCAGAUCUUCACAGACUCCAUUUGGGGACCAAGACUUUUGCUCUGGAGGCUUUAGAAGCUUUGCAAAUUACCUACAAAGAGAUGCACCAUUCACCUCUCGGUAACUGUCAGUGCUUCAGUUCCACUGCAUAGAGAAGUAUUUCCUUACCCUUCAGACCUACCAUCCCCCCUACAGUUCUGAAAUAAAGUUUGUAAAUCAAAGUAACUACAUAGAGACAUAGGUGAAAGAAAAAGGAAAGUAAUUUAUGAUAGGAUAUGUAUUUCAACAUGUUAAUGACUGGAUGAAAUUGAUACUUGUACCUAUUCAUAGAAUCACUGUGAAUACAACAGCUAGAAAUGAAGACUGAUAUUGAAUGUCAUAUUUGUGAAUCUGAUACCAUGAAUGGCUUGAUUUUACCGAAAUGGAAUGCCGAUCAUCCCUGGCCACCACCCCACCAACAUAACAACCAAAAAACUCUCAUAAAUUCCCAACACUCCCCCUGGGAGGUGGCACUGCUGCCUUGGGGACUGCUGUAAUAAAAGAAGUACCCUGAGGAUGGGUUAACAUAGCAUCUGGGCUGUAAAAAUGUAGGCUGGUCAACCCAGCAGGAAGGCCAGUUCCCCUAAAGUCUGCAGCUGGAUUUUUUGCAAGGUUCUAAAUAAAUCAGAAAUUCUGACUCCUCAAUCAACCCCAUGGUAGAGCUCUUGAGUUCCCUGUUUCCAGCCAAAAGGCAUGCUCUUGGCAAAGAUGGACACCGAUAGCAUUGUGACAUUGUUCUUGAGGUUCUCCAAGCAUGGCUUCUUGGCAAAUGUCCUCCAGGGUUCAGCUCCACAUCUGGGAGGUUCCCCAUCUAUGAGAAGAUAUAGGAAGAUUUGACUUGAAGCAAAGCAUCAACAGCAGUCAGGCUACUUCUGAAGACCUACAAUUCUCAGGGUCAGCAAUGGAAAAUCUCAUAGGAAGUACUACUCGAGGUCCUACAAAUUCAGACGCCUGUGGAACUGAGGGCCAGCUGUCAAGGAAGACAACAUGUCCUGCACUGAAGAAAUCUGAGAAAACAGCUGUCAGAAGACUGUCAGUGACUCUCAAGGAGGUUGUCACUGCAGAGAGAGGCCCAAAAUCCAGUGAACUUAGUCUCAGAUCAAAACUUAAUACACAGCACAAGAUUCCAAAGGGAGCUAGAUUCCCCACAUCCAGGAAAAACCCCAAAGACAAUUCAGACUUAAUUAAACACCAAAAAGUUUUCCCACAAAAGAAACCUUGUAAGUGCAAUGAAUGCAGGAAAGCCUUUAAUUACCAAUCAGGACUUUUUAUUCGCAGUAGAAUUCAUGGUGGGAAGAAACCUUUUGAAUGCAAGCAAUGUAGCAAAACUUUUAGCCGAAGUACACACCUGAUUGAACAUCAAAGAACUCACACUGGAGAGAAACCUUAUGAAUGCAGUGAGUGUGGGAAAGCUUUCAGCCGGAGCACUCACCUUGGUCUACAUCAGAGGAUCCACACUGGAGAAAAGCCGUAUGAAUGUAGUAAAUGUGGAAAAACCUUCAGCCGAAGCACUAACCUUAGUCAACAUCAGCGAACUCACACUCAAGAAAAACCUUACAAAUGUAAAGAAUGUGGGAAAGCCUUCAGUGAUCGUUCAACCGUAAUUCAGCACCAACGCAUACAUACAGGAGAGAACCCCUACGAGUGCAGUGAAUGUGGAAAAACUUUCAGCUGGAUCUCAUCCCUCAUCGAACAUCAGAGAACACACACUGGAGAGAAACCCUACAAGUGCAGGGACUGUGGGAAGGUGUUCAGUCGAGGCUCAUCCCUCACUGAACAUCAGAGAGUCCACACCGGAGAAAAGCCGCAUGCGUGUACAGAGUGUGGGAAAGGCUUUGGUCGGAGCUCUUCCCUUGCUAUUCACCAGAGAACUCACACCGGAGAGAAGCCUUACAAGUGUAAUGACUGUGGCAAAGCCUUCAGUCAGAGCUCAACACUCAUCAGACAUCAGCACCUCCACACUAAAGAGUGACCUCUGGGUUUGUGUGAAUGUUAGUGCAAGAGCACUUUGCAUGACUUCCUGCAACUGAAGAGAAAAAUUAAUGUGUUUGGAUUUUUUUCCCACUAGCUAGUGAUAAGCCAGUUUCAAGCCAGCCUUCCUUUCUUUUUGUAAACUAAAUGCUGAAAUGAGUGAUCCAUACAAUAAGAUGACUUCAAACCCCUACCAUCAAUCUAAUAAUAUUCUGGAGGGCUCCAAUCAUCAACUGCCUGCCACCUUGCAUUCCCACACCUUGUCUCUUCAUUCCAUGGGGCUUGGGACCCUGGGCAGCCAGUGAACCGUUUUCCAUCCACAUCAACCCCUUCUCUUCACUCAGUGAGGAAAUCCUGUGUAUGUUCAUGGUUUCUGGUGCCAGUUGCAGAAGAGGAGGAGCUGGCUUCAGAUGGAGACAAAAAACUUCCCACCAGUUUGGGGGUAACAGUGUUGAGGCAAAUGCAGUCUCUGCACUAAUAAGGGCAGAAUUUUCUCUUCCUCGUGUUUUUUUGUUUUUGUUUUUUUGUGUGUGUGUUUUUUUUGUGGGUUUUUUUUUUUUUUGCUGUAGCAUAUUUUUCUCGAGGUAUAAUCCAUAGUUCUCCUAAUGUGCCUGAUUAAUCCGUGUUAUUUUAUCUCAUCCUUACCAAAACUGCCCUAAAACUUUUAUUAACACACAUUUAAUUCCUGUUAUCUUGAAAAACCAUUGCCGCCCCGGUUUUUAAACUUUCGUUUAGACUUCAUGAAACCGAUUCCCUCUGGAUCUGGCUCUCACCAACCUUGUACAACUAAGGACAAACUUAGUGCUUAUUUGUCCAUUCUUUCCCUACUUGACAUUUGUAGAACUGGCACUUUUGGCCAUUCUUAUGCCUUAAAAGUGGAGCUCCUGGGACCCAUGAUUCUGUCCCGAUCCACACUUUUCCUACCUCCCAGCAUUUGUCUGAUUAACAAUGAUUAGCUCAGUGACUUUGGGCAAGAGUUGUACCAGAAUCUCAUUUUAGCAGGCUAUAGUAAGAGGUUAUUAUUCAAUUGGAUUGUAAGCUUGUCAAAGACAGAAGUCUUGUUCGAGAUUCCUAUAGAAGCGAUUUUCAACUGGUGUGCUGCAAGGAUUUUAAAAACAUGCAAUAAAUACCUGACUAUUUAGUCAGGGGUAGUGUCUUCUUUUCCUUUAGAUUGUCAAAUAAAGAAAUGGCAAUGACCAACACGAGA